GUGUUAGCACUGAGAAUAUCACAGCAUAUCUUUCUUUUUGGGGGGGGGGCAGAGCAAAAAUUCAUCCCACACGAGGAUGCGCAAAAAAUAUCGAGGAUCGUCCUCUCUCUGGUGACGCGGUAUGAACGAUGAGUCCAAAUCGCCAUCAUUAGGAAUGAUCUCCACGGCAACGCGCACCACGGCAACUGUCAGUCCCCUUAGCCCACUAACCAAUGGGAACGCAGUCGCCCAGUCUGCAAACUCCGGAUUCGCUGCUGCCCUGCGUAAACUGGCCAAACAGGCCGAGGAUCCCAGAGGUUCUGCCCUCAGCGGUGAGUCUUCUCCAGUCUCUUCCCCGGCGACCAGCCACAGUUCACCAGUCACCACCCCUAAGCGGGGCUCUUUGGGGCCCCUGCUGAGCCAGACCAGGGGCCACGGCGUGCCCGGCACCCCUCCUGUAGUCACCAUCGCCCCCACCAAGACGAGCAACGGUCUCUGGAGGGUCGAGGGCCGACAGGCUGAUCCGGGCAUUCAGGGAGUCAGCAGGGAGCGAGUGGGAGCUGAGAGCACCCAGCCCCAGCAGGAUAAGAGGACUCCCCCCAUCCCUUCAGCUCACCCUUUGGCUCACCCCUUUGGUCUCACCCCCAGCACUGUCAUGCAAGACCCUCGAAUACAGAGCCUUAGUUUGCCCGGGCAGAUGCACCCCGUGGUUCCCUCGGGUGCCGUGCCAGAGGAGUACCUGAGAGGGAUACGUCCGUUUGCCGCCUCAGAUGACCUCCGGCUGACCUCUCUGCCCCUGGGGCUCGACCCGGCCACCGCCGCCCACGCUGCCGCUGCUGCUUACUAUCACCCUGCCUACCUUCACCACCCUCUCACCUUGCAACGGAUGGAGGAGUCACUGUGUCUUUCUGCGCUGCGGUCGCAGUUCUACUCUGUGCCUGCAGGUGGUGCCUUCCCUCCCCUCCAACCCUCUGCCCUCCACUUGCACCUGCCGGGUGCCCGCUACCCUGGGGAGCUCAACCACACAGCGCUGGCUGAGAGGCUACAGAUGGAGAAUGAGCUCCGCCAGCGAGAGAGAGAGCAAGAGCGUGAACGAGAGAAAGAGAGGGAGCGCGAGGCCGGGCUUGAGCGAGAGCGGGAGAGAGAGCGAGAGAGGGAGAGGGAGAGGGAGGAGGAGAGAGAGAGAGAGAGGGAGAGAGAGAUGGACAGACAGAAGGAGAGGCAGAGGGAGAGACAGCAGCAGAUGGUCCGAGCCGCGGAGAGCCACUACCUGGCUGAGCUGCAGGCUCGCAGGGCAGCACCGGAGGACAGGGCCAGGCCAGGGGAGAGGCUGACCCCGAACAGACUGGAUAAACCCAAGGAGACAGACCAUCCGGGUCUCGCAGCGCCUAAACCUCUGUCCCUGCAGCCGGGCCUCCACCCCUCUAUGGGCUCCAUCCCACACCCGGUCCCCAGCCUGGUGCCCUCUCACCUGGGGAAGCAUCAUUCUGUUGGUGGGGGGAUCCACGGGGCUCUACCAGCUGCCAUGAUGAGUCAGAGGGCGAACGAGGAGAGAUGGUUAACGCGGCAGAGACGGCAAGGGCAGGAGAGAGAGGGGCCACUGGAGCUGGGGCUCAGGUCUCCUGGGAAAGGGGUGGAGCCAAGGAGAGAUGGCCACAGGAUCAACUCAGUUCAUCACAACUUAACCAACAAAGAUGUACCUCCGCGCCUCGGUGCUCCACCUCCUCUUAUCUCUCCGAAAGCUCAACAUCAUCCCCCCGCCCCUCCAACCACUCUCUGGAACCCGGCAUCUCUUGUCGACACCCCGACAGACUCCCGUCGAAAAUUCAACCCUUCUACGCCGCCGAGCCACCCGCCUCCGGGUCUGACCCGAGCCGACAGGCCGCUGAGCUGGGGGGAGAAGCUGGAGGAAGGAGGCAGGAGGAGGGCAGAUGUCCCAGACAGGUUCUCGUCACUGAGGAUACCCAGUGUGCCAGAGCCAGGCGCCUGGAGCAAGUCUGAGCAGGACAGACCCAUCCACGCUCUCUACCACCACCAUCACUUCAAUAACCUCCACCAGAGGCCCUGCAUGCCUCUGUCUGUCCCCGGUACCUGCACCGAGCUGGAGGGCCAGCGCAAGGCAACCUCUCCGUCUCCGGCGAGGGAGCGACAGAGUCAGGCGCCCGACAGCAUGCUGGUGUACGACGAAGUCCUCCAGCAGCACCGCCGGCUCCUCAGCAAGCUGGACCUGGAGGAGAAGAGGAGGAGGGAAGCCAGGGAGGGAGGUUAUUACUAUGAUGUGGAUGAGUCAUAUGAUGAGAGUGAUGAAGAGGAGGUGAAGGCCCAUCUCAGGAGAGUGACAGAACAGCCCCCGCUCAAACUGGACACGUCCUCUGAGAAAGUGGACUUUCUGCGUGUGUGCGGCCUGACCACGCUGACCCAUCGCGACGAGCUUCUUGAGCGGAAGCGGAGGAAGAGGAGGAGGAUGCUCAGAGAGCGUAGCCUCUCUCCGCCAGCUGUACGGGGCAAGAGGAAGGCCUCCUCGCCUCCAACUCCCCCACCUCCCCUCACCACCCCCUACACUGCCGAGCAGAUGGACAGCACCGAUGAACUGGAGGAGAAAAAAGACUUCCUCCUUAUGUUCAACCUCUCCCAUGUCACCCCACAGCAGAGGAGAGGUAAGGAGAGGACAGAGGAGCUGCUGAAGGCCAUACAAAGGAAGACUGUGACUUUAGACACACUCAGAUAUAACCCAUUGCCCCUAUGUCGCAGCCCGCCUGCUCCCUCAACUGGUGAAUCCUCAUCAGCGCCUCUGCCAUGUCAAACAAACGGACAUCACUACCCAGACUCCCCCAGCCCGUCCCCUCCCUUCUCCCACAGAGCCAACAGCCUCCACACAGACCCGUUCAAGCCCCCCGUCGACUCCCCGGCACCCCGGCCCCUGCCCCCCCACCUCGACAAGCCUGGAUUCAUGGAGGGUCAGCCAGCCAAGAAGCUCCAGAGCCUCCAGAACGGCACUGUGUCUUCUCACCAGAGGAAGGAGCCUAACCCGAUGCAGAACGGGCGGAGUCGGCCCUGGGAGAGAUUCACACCAGAGGCCUUCGCUCAGCACUUCCACCAGGCCGUGCUGCAGUCCACACACAACACGCUGCAGAACAAAGGAGUCUCAAAAUGCGGCUCUGAUGUCACAUUAAAGCCCGACCACUCGCAGCCUCGCAGCAUGUCUCCACUGAAAAGACCAAACCCACAUCACGCCCCUCAGCAUCCCAACAUCAACGGCCAUCACUACCAUACUCCUCUAGCCCACCGGGACGCGGCGCGGCCAAGGGACCACCUGUCUGAGGAGGAGGAGGAGGAGGAGGAGUCUGGGCAGGAGGAGGAGGAUGAGGAGGAAGAGGUGGAGGAAACUCCCAGGAAGUGGCAGGGGAUUGAAGCCAUCUUCGAAGCCUACCAAGAGUACAUGGAUGAAUGGAGUAUAGAGAAACAAGUUCUUCACAGUCAGUGUAAGAGACUUGAAGCGCAGAACUACACUCUGACCAGGACUGCAGAGCAGCUCUCUCUCAGUAUGGGGGAGUUGGUGAGUCAGAGGCAGAAAGUGCGAGAGGAGAGAGAGAGGCUGCAGGCCCAGCUCGAGCACUUCAGGAGGUGUCUGACACUACCCAACAUUCAGUGGAGCAGGGGCCAAGUCAACGGGCACACUCCGAGGUGACCCCUGACUCCGACUCUUUAAUGGGUUUGCCCCUGACAGCGAAGAAACAGGAACGAGAGCGAGAGAAACAGCCGACAGACCCUUUUCUGUGCUUGAAGCCCGUGAAGCAGCCAAUCCUCGUCUUGUUACCUCGUUGGCCAAUCAGCACCAGGACCAGGCUGGUUCCAUAUUACAUUGAUGAACUGCCAUGUUGCCAUGGUAACCAUAAUCCACGGCGACCACACAGUCUGUGCAUCCUGAGUCUCUCUCAUUCUGCCCACAUGGCAGGGAACACUGUGUAGGUAAAACAUUGUUAGAAUAACAGUAACCUCUCCCAUUAGUCUCCUAGUCGGCUCCAAGGACUCUCCACCGUUUCGCUCAUAUCAUAUUCAUUUUACAUAAACGGUAUUGAUCCACACUAAUGAGAUGUACCAAGAGGUGACUUGGCACAAAUCGAUAGUCUCUUCAGACAGCAGUGAAAAGAGAUUAGGUGUGUAAUAGUCACUUGGUUAAUACAGAGAGAAUGAAAAUUCAGUCAAAGAAUCAAAGCACACCUCAGGCCUUAAACUUGAUAGGAUGCACUUGAAAUGGAAUUUGAGGAAGUAUUUGAUUUUCCUCAGACCUGCAGAAUAGUAUAGUAUCUACCAAGUACUGUAUUGGACAGAUCCAGCAGUUUAUACUGUAGCUGUGCGUUAGGAAAGGCUCUAAAGAGAAUGCGAAACAUCUAAAAGAUAAUAUCUAUAAAAAUGGAAAAUGGUAUCAGUGACAUUUUUUGAGGUUUAAUAAAAUUUUCCAUUGGUAACGUCAGUUGUGAUAGACAAAGAUUUUUGUAUGUUUUAAUGUUACAACCAUUUCUUGUGGGAAGCCAUAUAUUUUGUUUGAAUUGCUGCUGGUCAGAAUAAAAUGUCUAGAAUAAGUGAAGGAUGUUAGCAAAUAUGUAUUUGAACACAUUUUAUGUUAUGGUUAAAAACAUGGUGGGAGGGUGGGGUGUAAAAGAAGGUGCACUGGAGGUGGAAGAGGAUGGCAGACGUCAGACUGUUUUUCAAAACCUCAAGCUAUAAUUACCAUUUUUUCUAAGCCCUCGGUCUGCCUGUUCAUUUUGAAAAUAAUUGAAAGGAAAGCAGGUUUUGAUUUUUUUGUCUUUUUGCGACAUGAUGUUGUUAGUUAAUUGGCGUGACUUGAGGAAAAGUACCAAGCUGUUAGGCAUACUGACCAAUCCUAUGAAUGUUGCCGCCUACCUAUAUCUGACUGAGGGUGAUUUUUGUCACACUGUUUUGCAACUAUGUUUAACUGCAUUAUUUUCAACCAAAUUAUGCUUUGGUUCCAUUUUAGGAAAGACAUGUCAAGUUCAAUAUACAAUAUCUUUUCACUCGAUUGAUGCCAUUUUCACAUCGCACACCGGUGACAAACAAUUAGGAUGACAAAUCCCUUUGUGGACAACAAUAGACAAACACCUCUGGUCUUUUGACGAGAUUUAUUUUCGUUCAGAUAGCCAGUCAAGACAGUCUCUGAAAACAAAAUCAUAAUACUUGCUUUGCCUCUGAAUAUGAUAAUCCCAAGGGCCCUUUCAGAGAAGCACAAAGUAGAACGGUAAAUCUGCAGCAGCAGUCUUCCCCAAACACACAACCUUCCCCCACCUUUCAUCACCUGUUCAGUCUCUUCUACCAACAUGCUGUGAAAUCAUGUCUAUUUGUUUGAAUCAAUUGUUAUGUAAUAUAUUAUUUAGGCUGUACAAUUACAAUGAACUAUUUAUUAACAUAUAUUGCUGUA